GCUGUUCAACAAAAUGAUAUGAUGAUGGUCAAUGUAGAGGCCUCUUCACAGUCUUCGAGUGCAGUUAAAAAACCCAAUUAUCAAUUAAUUUCAAAUGAUCCUGCCAACUAUUCUGAAGAAAUACUGAUGGAUAAAGAAGCCGAAGCACCAAUACAUUCUACAACAACUGAUAAUGUUAUUUCAACCCGUUUCGAGUCAUGAGAAAAAUUCACCCCGUACACCCUUUCACCCUCCGCCGAAGCACGUACCGAACACCUACGCGUGUGCCUCCAGUGUUAAUAACAAUGACGUAUUACACACGCACUGAGCGUACAAUUACAAUGACCGGCUGGCGACCGCGCUCGACGUUCCCCGGCGGAAGCGUACGACGAGUAAGCCCGAAAUCAUUUACCGCGCACGGGCCAGCCACGGUUGCACUGCGACAAAGAGGUUUGCACGAUUCGCACACGUGUUACCUGUUUUCGCACAGACGUUCCCCCGGAAAACCAGCCCGCAGGAACAGGACACCUAGACCACAGAAGGAGGACGCGCCUGUCCGUGCGGUACACACUUCAUUGCAACGGUACGCGCGCGUGCAUUGCGCAUACCGUACGCGGGUCGCGGGUGAUAGAAUAUUUCGUACUCGGUGAACGACGAACGACCGCCAUCCUCCCUUCCCCAGACGUGAGAAACGAUCUCCAUCUUGCCGUCGCACGAGUUCGCGCGAUCAUGGGAUGCGCCGGAAGCAAUCCUCUGCCCUCGGGCGACACCAUGCAGUCGACCGCCAGCAACGGUCGAGCGGUCGCGGUCGAACCACCGACGACCGCCGAUGGUGACCACAGAGCUGGCUCGAUGGUGCAAAAGGUUAUCGGCAGUGUCAACGUCGACGACGUAGUCAAGAAGAUCCAAGAUGUCACUGGAAGUAUGGAAAAUUUGAUGGAUGAUACUCAAGAAAAAUUAGGUUCGUUAUUUGGAAAAGUAGAAAAAAAAGCUGAUGAUGUUGAAGAAGAAGUCAAAGAUAAAGUAAAUGAUGUUACUUCGGCCAUGCCUGAAAAGUCUCAAGUUCACGAAAUUAUUCUCCUAACGGUUGAAGAAACUAGAGUCAUACCACUUAUACCAAUUGACAUAAUGAAUUCGGAAACAUUGACUUGUGAAAAUGAUUCAUUAGUUAAUGAAGUAAACAAUGAAGCCAAAGAAAAUGUAGCUAACGAAACUAAGGAAGAAGUAAUUAAUGAAACAAAAGAAGAAGUUACAAACGAUACGAAAGUAGAAAUAACUAACCAAAUAGAAGAACAAGCAGAGAUCAAAGAUGAAGACGGAGCAAUUGAGAAAAGCGAACAACAAAUCAAAGAAGAUGAAAAAGAAAAAGCCAAAGACGAAGAAGUUAAAGAAGAAAAAGAUAAGCCAAUGGAUGAUGAGUAGAUUAAAUUUCAAAGUAUAUGUUAAGUAUAAUGAUUGGCUCAAGAAUAAUUUUAUAUUACAAAAGAAAUAUGUUCUAAGUCCUAUCAUAUGAAAUUAAUAUAAAUAUAUAACAAAUAAUACAAUUAUUUUAUAGAGUAAAAUAUGAAUCCAUAUACACUGUAAACACGCAUAACAUGUGUAGUACACAUACUUACUGAACUGAAAUCUAACAUUGAAAUUAGUUUUUGACUUAAUACAAGUAAAUGAAACAUAGAUAUGUGUUAUUUAUACGAGUAUGUUUAAGAACUUUGUACUUUGAAUUUGAUACGUUUUUACCAUUUUUAUACUGUUUUUCG